AUGUUGGUGUCCAGUUGUGUUAAUCAGCUGAAGCUGCUUCUUGGCUGGAAAAGAAAACUGUCCCUGUCAAUAGUGCAUUCCCAAGUAGCCGCGUACCGUUUGACCGCCACCACCCAGUGCCCGGAGGACAAAAGAAUCAACCUCAAAACGAAGAGACACUUCCGAGGGCCAAAUACUUCCAACGUUCAGGACAAGUCUGCGGGGUCUGGAGGAAGCCAGGUCCGUGGGAGAUCCGCUCAGGAUGAGGCCUUAAAAAAAGAGGCCGCCCUGUUCCAGGGGAGGAAUCGGGGCCGGCCAGACGACUUCAGAGUGUCUUCUGAACUCAGGAAACUGUGUCUGGAAGACUUCCCCGCUGACAGGGAGAGGGAGGGGAGGCAGAAGCCGGCGCUGGACUCCAGAGCAGAAACCGACGAGAUUGUUUUUGGCGUGGCUCCCUGCCUCUUGGCUCUCACUCAAGGUAGAAGGAAGGCCUGUAAACUGUUUGUCAGAGAUGGUGAGACCUCCGCGAGGGCCUCCGUGUUAAAGGUCUGCGAGGAGGCCCAUAGGCGAGGACUCCAAAUCAAGAGGGUCAGCAAAAGAGAUCUGGACAAGAUGUCCGGCGGGGGGGUUCACCAAGGAGUGUGUCUGCAGGCGAGUCCUCUCGGAUACGUAUCCGAGGACCCUAAACCGAGCGGAAAAGGAGGCAGACCCCCACUCUGGCUCGUCCUGGACAGAAUCCAGGACCCGAUGAACCUGGGCGCCAUCUUGCGCUCCGCUUAUUUCCUCGGCGUGGACGCGGUGGCCAGCAGCCUCCGCCACAGCUGCCCCCUUUCUCCCGUGGUCAGCAAGGCCAGUUCGGGCGCCAUGGAGGUCCUGGGCGUGCACGGCUACGAGGACCUGGAGGGGAUGCUGCGGCUGAAGCUGGAUCAGGGAUGGCAGGUGGUGGGAACAGUGGCGGGCGACGCCCACGUCCCCGUGACCCGCUGCUCAGACUUCCAACUGACCGGACCCACCCUGCUGCUGAUGGGGGGGGAGGCCGGGGGGCUGUCCGGGGAUCUGCUGCCCCUCUGCCAAACGCUGCUCACCAUCCCGGCGGGAAGGGAGCUGUUCCCCGGAAUCGAGUCCCUGAACGUCUCGGUGGCCACCGGCAUCCUCCUCCACGCCCUGCUGGCCUCCAGGGGGCCGCACGCACGAUGA